AUGGAAGGCUCUUUCUUGGAGUACUCCAUGUCCGUGAUCAAAUCACGAGCUCUUCCUGACUACAGGGACGGACUUAAACCCGUACAUAGAAGAAUUAUCUUUGCGGCCAACAAAGAUGGGUUAACCCACGACAAAAGAUAUAAAAAAUCUGCGGCAAUUGUAGGUUCCGUUAUGGGGUCUUAUCACCCUCAUGGUGAUAUGUCUAUCUAUGAUGCCCUUGUUCGAAUGUCUCAGGACUUCAGCAUGAGAUAUCCACUUAUAGAUGGACAAGGUAAUUUCGGUUCCAUAGAUGGUGAUUCUCCGGCUGCUAUGCGUUAUACAGAGGCCAGAUUGAGCAAGAUAUCCUCUCAGUUUGUGGAGGGGCUUGAUGAGGACUGGGUGGAAAUGCAUGACAACUAUGACCAGUCCAAGAAGGAACCGGCUUAUCUUCCUACACUAAUACCCAAUGUUCUUGUUAAUGGUAGUGAAGGUAUUGCUGUUGGUUUGGCUACUAAGAUUCCUCCACACAACCUUUCGGAGGUUUUGGAAGCGUCCAUUGCAUUGAUUAAUAACCCUAAUCUUACUGUGGAAGAGAUGCAUCAGUAUAUUAAAGGACCGGAUUUUCCAACCGGAGGUUCAGUUCUUAACCAAGAUGGGGUGAAGAGAUACUUUGGAUAUGACGUAUCUGGGAGUAGGAAGAAGAGUUUUAGGAUUAGGGGUAAAGUGGUGUUGGAACAGGAGGGCGAGAAGAAGGGAAAGAUCAUUAUUACUGAGAUUCCAUAUGGAGUUAAGAAGUCGGCAAUUAUUUCCCAGAUAGUUAACUAUAGAAAGGAUGAGAAAGCCAAGAAGGGUAAAUACAGGAAGUUUGUUCGUGUGUUCCAUGACUAUAUAACAGCUAUCAGAGAUGAAUCUAGCAUAGAAGGUAUUAGGGUUGUAAUUGAAUAUAGGGGUUGUCCUGGGGAUGUGGUGCUUAAUAAUCUAUACAAACACACUUCACUUCAGAUUUCCUAUGCGGCAAAUCCUGUUGUUCUUGUGAAUAAGGAACCGAAAAGACUUUCGGUUCUUGAUCUUCUAAGUUUGUAUGUUGAGCAUCAGAGGGAUAUACUCAGAAAUCGAGCCGCUUACCGUAUAAAGGUUCUUGAGAAGAGAAUCCAUAUCCUUGAGGGUAGAUUGAGGGUUGUGGCCGACAUUAUGGAGGCUAUUCACAUCAUCACCACCUCGGAUACUCCCGAACAUGACAUGAUGUCCAGAUAUCAACUUGAUGAGGCUCAGGUUAGGGAUAUUUUUGAUUUGAAAAUUGGACGAUUGAAAAAACUUUCCAUAGCCGACAUGGAGUCUGAGAAAAAGGAGAAAAUGGAAGAGAGGGACUUUAAUGUUGCCCUUCUUGCCAGUGAAGAGGCACAAAAGGAGGAAUUGAUUAAAAGAUUGACCAACAUUAAGGAGACAUAUCAGGACGAAAGAAGAACAGAUCUUCUGGAGGGAACGGGAGAGAUUUCCCACGAGGAUACUCAGAAUUACGAAAGCAUGGUUUUGAUUCUGACCAAGAACUCCUAUUUGACUCAGAUUCCAUGA